CUAAACCUCACUCAUUUCUUCUCUUCUUCUCUCUUCACUUCUCCAUUCCAAUGGAAACUACACUCUCACAACUCCAGAAAUCCCUUCGCCUUUCCGCCAUUUUAGUCUGGGCAGUUCUGUUUCCGGUUUUCUCAGACCCGGGACCGGUUCGCUCCAUCAAAACCGAUGCGGAGGCGCUUCUGGCGUUCAAGAAGAUGAUCCAGAGAGACCCAAACGGCGCCCUCUCCGGCUGGGAGCUGAAGAAAGAUCCAUGUUCUUGGAACGGCGUGAGUUGCAGCGCCGGGAGAGUGAGCGCCGUUGAUCUUACGCAGGCGGGGCUUGUCGGCGACGUUUCUUUCUACCCUUUUGGUUCUCUGGAUAUGUUAAUUGCGCUUAAUGUUUCCGGGAACAAUGGGUUGUCCGUGAAUGCGUCUUCGUCGUUGAGAAUGCUCCCUUCCGGGUUAAAACAGUUGGAGUUGUCGUUUUCCGGGCUGGCCGGGCCGGUGCCGGAGAAUCUCUUUGUUAAAUGCCCGAAUCUUGAGUAUGUAAGCGUUGGUUUCAAUAAUAUCACCGGUUCUCUCCCGGUGAAUUUCCUGUUUCGCACCGGAAAAUUGCAGCAUCUCGACAUGUCGUUUAAUAAUCUCACCGGCUCGAUCUCCGGGAUGAGGAUUGAGGUUUGUGAUUCCUUAUCGUUUCUUGAUUUGUCCGGGAACCGGUUCACGGAUUCUGUCCCGGCGGCGUUCGGGAACUGUACUGCUCUCUCGGAGAUGAUUUUGGCUUCCAAUUCUUUCACCGGUCCGAUUCCUAGAGAGUUUGGGCAGCUGAGGAGUUUGCUGAGAUUGGAUAUUUCUUCGAAUCUUUUAACCGGAUGGAUCCCGCCGGAGUUCGGGAAUGUUUGUGGGUCCCUUCUGGACCUCAAGCUUUCGCAUAACAAUCUCACCGGGGCUAUCCCGGUUUCCUUCUCGGCGUGUUCUUGGCUCCAGAAUCUUGAUUUAUCGAACAAUAAUUUAACAGGGCCGUUUCCUGAUUCCAUUCUUCGGAAUCUGGGCUCGCUGGAAACUCUGUUAAUGAGCAGUAACAAGAUCUCCGGUGCGUUUCCGCCUUCUUUGUCGUUCUGCAAGAAGCUUAGAGUGAUAGAUUUUAGUUCCAACAAUAUUUCCGGCGUUAUUCCGCCGGAUUUAUGCCCCGGCGCCGCUGCUCUGGAAGAGCUGAGAGCGCCGGAUAAUUUUCUGUACGGGGGGAUUCCGGCGCAGCUCUCGAAAUGUUCGCAGCUCAGGACGAUUGAUUUCAGCCUGAAUUAUCUCAACGGUUCGAUCCCGCCGGAGCUGGGGAAGCUGGGGAAUCUGGAGCAGCUGAUAGCUUGGUACAACAACUUGGAAGGGAAUAUUCCGGCGGAGUUGGGGAACUGCGGGAGGCUAAAAGAUCUCAUCUUGAACAACAAUUACCUCACCGGAAAAAUACCACCGGAGCUUUUCAACUGCGGGAAUCUUGAAUGGAUUUCCCUGACCAGCAACGGGAUACGCGGCGAAAUCCCGCCGCAGUUUGGGUCCCUGACGAGGUUGUCGGUUUUGCAGCUCGGAAAUAACAGCUUAACCGGAGAAAUCCCGAGGGAGUUAGCUAAAUGCACCAGCUUGGUAUGGCUGGACCUGAGCAGCAACCGUUUAACCGGCGAAAUCCCGCCGCGGCUCGGCCGGCAGCAGGGGGCGAAGCCCCUGAGCGGGAUGUUAUCCGGCAACACAAUGAUUUUUGUCAGGAACGUCGGAAACUCCUGCCGGGGAGUCGGCGGGUUGCUGGAAUUUUCCGGCAUUCGUCCCGAAAGACUACUGCAGAUUCCAUCCCUCCGGAGCUGUGAUUUCACGAGAUUAUAUUCCGGUGCCGUUCUGAAUCUUUUUACCCGGUACCAAACUCUUGAAUAUCUCGACUUAUCUUACAAUGAACUCCGGGGAGAAAUUCCUAACGAAUUCGGGGACAUGAUAGCUUUACAAGUACUGGUAAUAGCCCACAAUCAUUUAUCCGGCGAGAUCCCAUCCUCCCUCGGGGGACUAAAGAAUCUAGGAGUCUUUGAUGCUUCUCAUAAUAGGCUCCAGGGGCAUAUCCCUGAUUCGUUCUCAAAUCUUUCUUUCCUAGUCCAAAUUGAUCUUUCCAAUAAUGAGUUAACCGGACAAAUCCCUCAAAGAGGGCAACUAAGCACGCUUCCGGCGACCCAAUUCGCCAACAAUCCGGGCCUCUGCGGCGUUCCGUUGACGGAAUGUGGGUACGAUUACAAUCCCCCGGCGACGAAUCCUGGAAAAUCAGCCCGGAGAGGCACGGCGGCCUCCUGGGCCAAUAGUAUUGUUCUGGGGAUUCUUAUAUCGGUUGCUUCGGUGUGUAUAUUGAUUGUGUGGGCCAUUGCGAUGCGGGCGCGGCGGCGGGAGGCGGAGGACGUGAAAAUGCUGAGCAGCCUGAACGCGUGCCACGCCGCCACGACGUGGAAGAUCGAGAAGGAGAAAGAGCCGCUGAGCAUAAACGUGGCGACGUUCCAGCGGCAGCUGAGGAAGCUGAAAUUCUCGCAGCUGAUAGAGGCCACCAACGGGUUCGCGGCCGCCAGCAUGAUCGGGUCCGGCGGGUUCGGGGAGGUGUUUAAAGCCACUCUCAAAGACGGCUCCAGCGUGGCGAUCAAGAAGCUCAUCCGGUUAAGCUGCCAGGGCGACCGGGAAUUCAUGGCGGAGAUGGAAACUCUGGGCAAAAUCAAACACAAAAACCUCGUCCCCCUCCUCGGCUACUGCAAAAUCGGGGAGGAGCGGUUACUUGUCUACGAGUUCAUGGAAAACGGCAGCCUCGAAGAGGUCCUCCACGGCCGGACCAAAUCGGGGCGGCGGAUCUUAACAUGGGAAGAGAGAAAAAAGAUCGCUAGGGGAGCCGCGAAGGGGCUCUGUUUUCUCCACCAUAACUGCAUCCCUCAUAUCAUCCACCGCGACAUGAAAUCCAGCAACGUCCUCUUAGACCAAGAACUCGACGCCCGCGUCUCCGAUUUCGGGAUGGCCAGACUGAUCAGCGCGCUCGACACCCAUCUCAGCGUGAGCACCCUCGCCGGCACGCCGGGAUACGUCCCGCCGGAGUAUUACCAGAGCUUCCGCUGCACCGCCAAGGGCGACGUCUACUCCUUCGGCGUCGUCCUCCUCGAGCUCCUCACCGGAAAACGCCCCACCGACAAGGAAGAUUUCGGGGACACGAACCUCGUCGGAUGGGUAAAAAUGAAGGUGAGAGAAGCGAAAUCCAUGGAAGUCAUUGAUCCCGAGCUCUUGUUAGUGGCGAAAGGGCAGACGGAUGAAGCGGAAGCGGCGGAGGUGAAGGAGAUGGUGAGAUAUCUGGAGAUAACGCUGCAGUGUGUGGAUGAUUUUCCGUCGAAGAGGCCUAAUAUGCUGCAGGUGGUGGCGAUGUUGAGAGAGCUGAUUAUGCCGGGGAGUGGGAGUUCUAGCAGCAGUGCCUGAGAAUCUAUCGUCAUGGGAGAUCAGAUUGUUCAUUGUUGAAGAAGGUGUAAGAUUUGUUAAGAAGUUUUCACUUUUGCUUUCAUCUUUCCACUUUUUUGGUGUCAUUUUUGAGGUCUGUAUGUAGAUUAUUAUAACUUAAUUGUAUGAAGGCUUACAAGAAAUGUAUGAUCAAGUUCGUUAUUGCAUUAACAAAA